AUGAUUAGUCCUGCCGUAAAAAGAAAACCAGACCAUCUCUCCGCCCCUGAAUCGAAAAAACCCAAAGGAAGCAUCACUGCAUUCUUUGGACCUCCAAAGCCGAAACCUCCGAGCAAUCAAUCAACCUCAGCUUCUACCCCAACCCCACGAGCAAGCAGCUUUGAUAAGGCAAAAUGGGUUGCUUCCCUAACACCGGAACAAAAGGAACUGUUGCAGCUGGAAAUUGAUACCUUGGAUGAGAGCUGGCUUGCUCACUUGAAGGAUGAAGUGAUCAGCACUGAAUUCUUGAACUUGAAGCGAUUCCUGAAGAAGGAGAAAGAUUCCAAAGUUAAGGUCUUUCCACCAGAGGAGGAUAUCUAUUCUUGGUCCCGAUACACACCCCUGCACAAGGUCAAAGUGGUCAUCAUUGGCCAGGAUCCGUACCACAAUCACAACCAAGCUCAUGGGCUUUGUUUCUCCGUCCGAGCCCCUGUGCGAGCGCCGCCAUCGUUGCUCAAUAUCUACAAGGGUAUCAAGAUCGACUAUCCUGAGUUCGAGGCACCACCCGACAAGGGAGGGUUACUCAUACCUUGGGCUGAGCGUGGCAUCCUAAUGCUUAAUACUUGCCUUACUGUUCGUGCUCACCAGGCCAACAGUCAUUCCAACAAGGGAUGGGAGAAAUUCACUCAGAAGGUAAUCGAUCUCGUUGCUCGGGUACGAACCAACGGCGUCGUCUUCCUUGCUUGGGGUCGGCCUGCAGGGACCAGGGUGGCAAAAAUAAACAAAGAGAAGCAUUGUAUCCUACAAUCUGUGCAUCCCAGUCCCCUGAGUGCGCAUAAUGGCUUUUUCAAAAAUGGACACUUCAAGAAGUGCAAUGAUUGGCUUGCUUUGCGGUACGGAGAAGACGAAAUCAUUGACUGGAGCCUAGUGCCAUCUAAACACCCUCUGUUGGCUCCUUGCGUUUCUGACAAGGAAGAUUCAACCGCUUUGGCCAGCGUGUCAGUUGAGCCUCAAUCUGCCAAGGUGGAGGAUGACAAAGUCAAGCCUAGGGAGGUUGAUGAGUUUGAUGAUGAUGAUGCUGUUGAAGCCCUGAAACGGUGCCGGCAUUUAACUCCCAAAUGGGAGCCCUCCAAUGCUCCGAAUCGACACUCACAACCAAACAAUGACCCUGCAAGGCCCAGAGACGUCUCGAAUCGCGAACAGCUUCCUGAAUCCGCGCACAUAGACCGAGCGCGGACAACCGAUAAUCCAGCUUUACCGGUCCUCGCCACUGAGCGAUUUGUGGGAGAUCUCAAUCCAGAAUCCCUGAUUCGUGAAAGAUUGGAUGGGCCGACUGGGAGCCCUCUACGGGAUCGUAUCGGGCUCUGGAUUAAUUCACCAGCUUCACAGAAAGUGAAGCCUCAGAGCAUACAGAGAGGACAAAUCACAGCCGAAGCAUAUGCGACCGAUUUCCCGGCCGAAACGGGAAUUGAUGGCCACGCCAUUGCAUCGUUACUUCAUCAACGGUUUGUCUCGGGGAUGCAAGCAUGUGAACGACUGCCCCUCGGGACGCGGCAGUAUUUGUCCACUAUCUACUUCUCCAAGGUUAACCACAUUGUGCCAAUAGUUGAUCAGGAAUCUAUCCAAUCCCAAGCAGAAGGUUUGGCGUCGGUGUUUCUAGAAAAAGCCAUAUGUCUCGCCGCAGCAAAGACCCACGCGGCCAAUCCGUACUUACGCCUUGUGUCAGGCGGCCCGAUUCUAUCGUCUCGCCAAUUCUGUUCUGAGAUUUAUAAGGGGCUGGUUGUCGCCAUGGAUGCAGAGCUAGAGCCAGAUCGGUUAACACGGAUCCGCAUCCUUGCCCUAAUGUCCUUGCAUUGUGAGGGCCUGGAAGGGGCUGAAGCAGCGUCUCUACACCUCUGUCAGGCUAUCCACCAGGCCCAGACGGUAGGAUUGCAUCUCGGUCGGCCGAAUCAAACCUCCACAGAUUCCCUGACUAACCUUUUUUGGUGUCUAUGGACAUUGGACAAGAUGCAUGCAAGUAUCGGUGGCCGGCCGGUUCUUCUAGCUGACCGUGAUAUCGCGGUCAUGAAGCCCAGUGUUGGCGCUCAAACGUCGCGAGGGGCUUUUAAGGUGUGGCUUGCUGUAUCAGACCUUCUCGCAACUGUCAUAUCGUUCUAUCGACCCUCCGCAGAAACCACAAGCGGGUGGGAAGAGGGGUUCCCUGCAUUUGAGGAUAUUGUGGGGGAGGAUACGCAAGAUGAUCUGGAUUUUGCUACUCUAGGCUUCUUAGAGCUUUAUUAUCAUUCUGUGGCUAUUUUGUCCUGUCGGUAUAAACCCACUGAGAACAUCGAUAGCACCAGACUCUCGUCUGUCAGACAAGGACUAGCAGCUGUUCGCAUACAUUCCAUCGUCGCAUCAGAGUGUGCAGAUGACCUACCACCUCUUCCAAUUGUGCCAUAUUCGGUCGCCUUGUCGAUGGGUGUCUCAUACAGACAACUCCGCUCGAGCAGACUUAUCACGCAUCUCGAUCGAGCGAAGGCCAGUCUUGAAGCAUGCCGCUCUGUUCUAGAAAACCUUAGUCUAUACUGGUAUUCCGCCGAGGCGAUGGCCCGGUUGGGCCAAAAAGCCUUGCACCAGAUUCAAGGCAAGCCACAGUUCUCCCGAACAAACCAGAUGGGUCCACGGCAUGUGGUAGAGUCUUCCCAUAAACAAGUCAACCCUGAAAGUUCGUUAUCGGAAGGGGUAGAGACGAUUAAUUCACCUCAAGACAAUGAUUCCCCCCGAGCCAAGAGGCAGCGCAAUAAAAGCCAUGGAAUCGCCGCUAUAUCUCCGCCGGAGAUCGCAAUGGACGCUCUCCAGCCUCCAAUGGAUAGUCUAGAUGUAUCUAUGCAAGACGGGCUUGCAGACAUUGACACACUAUUCGGCGAGUUCCUAGACAUCUCUCUACCCACCAAUUUCUGGGAUCCUGUUUUUAUAGAGACACAAGGGCAAACAAACGAUCCGCGGUCAUAA